GCGUCUGCGCAGUGCCGACCUGGGCGUCCGCUGGGCGACCGCUUCUUGCUGUGCGGGCCGCAGGGGCGGGCCAGCAGUGCGCGUGCGUGCUCGCGUGCGCCCCCGCCGCCCCCACGUGUGCGGUUCUGCUUCCGUCGUCCCCCGCGCUGACUGAGGGCCGAGCGCCGCGUCUGCGGGACGAGAGGCUCAGUCUUUAAACAAUACAACAUAAUGGCGUCAAAAAGAGCUUUGGUCAUCCUAGCGAAAGGCGCCGAGGAGAUGGAGACCGUCAUCCCCGUAGAUGUCAUGAGACGGGCUGGAAUUAAGGUCACCAUCGCAGGGCUGGCGGGAAAGGACCCGGUGCAGUGUAGCCGUGAUGUGGUCAUUUGUCCUGACACCAGUCUGGAAGAUGCCAGAAAGCAGGGGCCUUACGAUGUGGUGGUUCUGCCAGGAGGUAACCUGGGCGCACAGAAUUUAUGCGAGGCAGCUGCGGUGAAGGAGAUCCUGAAGGAGCAGGAGAGCAGGAAGGGCCUCAUCGCCGCCAUCUGUGCAGGUCCCACGGCCCUGUUGGCUCAUGAAGUAGGCUUUGGAAGCAAAGUGACAACACACCCGCUUGCCAGGGACAAAAUGAUGAAUGGAGGUCAUUACAGCUACUCGGAGAACCGCGUGGAGAAGGACGGCCAGAUCCUCACCAGCCGGGGGCCCGGGACCAGCUUCGAGUUCGCGCUGGCCAUCGUCGAGGCGCUGAGCGGCAAGGAGGUGGCCGAGCAGGUCAAGGCGCCGCUCGUCCUCAGGGAUUAGCGCAGAGGCGGUCCAGAGAGGCUGUCGGGCCCCUCACCUGGUGGGGGUGGCGGGGGCAGGGCGUCCUCCCUUUCCCCAGAGCUGCCUGCGCCCACGCGGGUCCCCACUGAGCCUGCCCUCGGUGACCGCCACUUGUCCUUCAUCGGCGUCCCUGGCGGCCGAGUGAGUGGGCGACGUAGCUGCUUGAGCAGAGCGGGAGGGUGGGGAAUUGCCUGCGCCCCUUACCGUCUCUUUAGUGUGCUAUUAAAGACACCGUGAAGCCGGC